CAGAAAGCAGCGCUCUUUUCUCUGGCCUCUGUUCCUUUAAUAAACUCAUGCUUAUCUAGUGUAACAAAUGUCUCGCUGCCAUCAUCAAGUCCAGGCGAGGAGGGAGGAGUUUUUAAUGUUCAGUUUGUUCUAAGGAUCGAUGUCUGCUGGCAUCGCCUCUCCCCCUUCUCCGCCUGCACCGUGCGUAAUAAUCCAGCGAACCAUUAACCACUGCGCCUCUUUGCUUCCUUCUUCUUACGCGCAGAUUUUUUAUCCACGGAGGCAAGAAAACAAGAAGAGCAGAACCAGCUCUGCUGCGGACUGACUGACUGACACACGUCGAUCAACACGCAAGGCACUGAUGGACAAAAGCGGAUGGUGAAAAGAGCCCGGAGGAAGCGGAGGAAGAGGAAGAGCCGCGGCUGAUUCAUCCGCUCCUCGCUUCUUUUGAAGGAAAAUAAACAAUCCUCGGAUUCUUUUCUUUCCAAAAAAAAAAAAAAAAAAAGGACAAAACAAUAAAAAGAAAGAUCGAGGAAGUGUGAGAGGAGCAAUAAGAGGCAGACUGCGCGCUCUGUGCUCCGGGUGCGUGUGAGUGCGUGAAUGCGUGGACUGUCGCUCACACCGCAUUCAGAUUUCACCUGGACACGCAGAGAGCCGCGACUCCAGAAAGAGGAAGAAAAGCAGAAAUGCCGCGGAGGAAGCAGCAAGCGCCCAAACGGGCGGCGGUUUACGAACCAGAUGAAGACGCUCCUCUUCAGGAUUCCAUUACAGAAGAAGAUGGGGAGAUCGAAACUCAAACUGAAGAAGAGGGCUCCGAAAAGACCAGCCCCAAAGCAUGUGACGACAGAGAGCUGGACAACAAGAGCGUCAACACCUACAGCAACCAGAACUCCCCCGUCAGCGUCCUCUCCAACCAAGAGUUGGAGCUGGAAUCUCGCCUCAGCGACAGCAGUGACAGACUCUCAGACUUUAAAACGUCUUCGCCGCCAGAGAGCCAGAGAGACGAAGAAAGUCGAGGUUCAAAACAUAAAGAGGAGACGGGCAGCAGCCUGGAGAAAAUGAGGGCAGCCUAUGCAAACUUUCUCUCUGACUCCUACUGGACGGGAAUCGGCGUGGACUUGAAAACGGGCAAAAAUACCAGCAAAGCCAACUGUGACAGCACCAACGGGAGCAGCAAGAAUGAGUUUGACUGGCACCAGGAUGCGCUCUCAAAGACCUUGCAACAGAUGCACUCGCCUAAACCAGCUACCAAGCCCAACCUGUUCAGCUCGGUCCACCUGUACAGGCAGGCGUCCAAACCAUGUGGUUCAGUGUUCACAGGAGCCAGCCGCUUUCGCUGUAAGGACUGCAGCGCCGCCUAUGACACGCUGGUGGAGCUGACCGUCCACAUGAACAAGACCGGACACUAUCAAGACAAUAACCACAGCAAGCAAAGUAACUCCUCUGCCUCAUCAUCUAAGUCUCGGAAACGUAAUUUGCAAGACAUGGAAGGGAAGGAGGAUGCGCAGAAAGUUUUAAAGUGCAUGUUCUGCGGUCAUUCGUUUGACUCGCUGCAGGAUCUAAGCGUGCAUAUGAUCAAAACAAAGCAUUACCAAAAAGUGCCUUUAAAAGAGCCUAUCCCAGUAAUCACACCCAAACUGCUGCCGCCGGCAAAGAAACGGGUGUUUGAAACAACAAGGCCCUGCUCUCCAGACUCCACUACCGGUGUGUCAGGGUACGCCGAGGCGCAGCGAUCCGCCACCCUUUCCAACGCCAACAACAAUCGCUACGGAUAUCAGAAUGGAGCCAGCUACACAUGGCAGUUUGAGACAUGUAAGUCUCAAAUUCUUAAAUGUAUGGAGUGCGGAAGCUCUCAUGACACACUUCAGCAGCUCACCACGCACAUGAUGGUUACCGGCCACUUCAUCAAGGUCACAAACUCUGCAUCCAAAAAGGGGAAACAGCUAGCGCUUGACCCCCUGGCUGUGGAGAAGAUCCAGGGUGUUGUUGAGCCUGCAGCAAGCGAUACGGAAGGAGAAAAGGUGUCCCUAAAAAGCCUCUCCCCUAGAAGCAACGACAAAGAAAGCCAGGGGGAAGGAACAUCAGACAAAGCAGAAGAAACAGAAACGACAGAUGACAAGCAGGAGAGUGAGGAUCCAAAAGAGAGCAACGGGGCCUUUAAGUACCCUUAUCUCCGUGAGGAAGACCUAGAACAAGAGUCGAGUGGGGGAGGGGACAUCCUCAAAUCUUUAGCCAACACCGUGGCUUCAGCUAUUAAUAAGGCCCAAACAGGCACCCCCAGCUGGAGUGCCUACCCGAGCAUUCACGCUGCCUAUCAGCUCUCUGGCAUCAUCAAAAACACCCCUCUCUCCUCGUCGUCUCCCGUUCAGCUAAAGCAGACAUUUAACCACAAGCUGAGGCCGAUCGCCCCGAAGGGGAAGCUGUACCACGGUGCUUUGGGAGUCGAGCUUUCCCAGGGGCUACAUCAAAACGUGGACAUCAAAAAAGAAAAGGUUGGCAUUAACGACGGUAAAGAAAGUCAGAGUAUAAAGUUUGAUCUGCUGGAGAACGAUGACAGCGAUUGUCAGGAUGAUUCCUCCUCCUCUUCAAAGCUCGAUGCAGACUGCAUGAAUGAAGGAAGUGAAGCGAUCAAAGGCAAGUUGAGCCCAGAUUUCUCUGACAGAGGCAAGACGCCGAGCCCCGCUGCCAGCAACGGACGCAGCACUACAUCAGAGCCUCUCAGUGACACUCCAGAUAUACUUGGCAUCAACCCUCUAAGUGCGCUACAGUCAGUUCUGAACAAUCAUCUUGGCAAAGCAAAUAAGCCCAAUAACUCAAGAGCGGAUAAAUUAUCUGCACACGCCCAGUCAAUCUUUGCAGAGUUUAACCGUAGCAGCGAGAAGCCACCUUUAAUGCUUGGAAGUCCUCCAAGAAACAGACCUAAUAAGACUUUCCUCAUGAUUAAUGAUGACCAACCAAUAGAUCUGACUAAAUCUAAGCAUAGCAAGGCGAACACUUUGUUGCUAGGGCCUUCUACCCCAACGCCGCAGAAAUACGCUCUGUCUGACAUCGCUGACAUGGUUAAGGUACUUCCUAAGGCCACAACACCAAAACCCUCCUUACCAUCAAGGAUUCCGACCAUGAAGCUGGAGUCAGACGUCAGACGCUUCGAGGACGUGUCGGCCGAGGUGUACUCAGUCCACAAACGCAAGGGCAGGCAGUCCAACUGGAACCCACGACACCUUCUAAUCCUGCAGGCUCAGUUUGCCUCGAGCCUCUUCCAGACGUCCGAGGGGAAGUAUUUGCUCUCAGAUCUCGGCCCUCAGGAAAGGAUGCACAUCUCCAAGUUCACCGGGUUGUCAAUGACAACCAUCAGUCACUGGUUAGCGAAUGUAAAGUAUCAGCUGAGGAAAACGGGAGGAACCAAGUUCUUGAAAAACAUGGACACCGGCCAUCCGGUGUUCUACUGCAACGACUGCGCUUCCCAGUUUAGGUCACCAACCACGUUCAUUUCCCAUCUGGAAUCCCAUCUGGGUUUCCAAAUCAAAGACAUGUGCAAAAUGCCGGUAGAGCACCAGACGAAGGUGGAGGAGCCGGAAAUGCUGAAGGCCCUCAGCGUCAGAGCCACCGACUCUCUGGUGUCAGAGGAGGACAUUGACUCUAAGUUUAAGUGUAAGCUCUGCUGUCGGACAUUUGCGAGCAAUCACGCGGUAAAGCUCCAUUUGAGUAAAACUCACAGCAAAUCCCCAGAUAACCAUUCACAAUACGUGGAAAUGGACAAGGAGUGACGUUUUGUAUGGAUACUCUUUGUAUGGAACUUUUAUCCCUUUCUUCCUUUUUUUUUUCAUUUUAUUACACGGGUCAGAUAUUUCAACCAGUUUUUUUAAUUUAGCGUUGUAUGGUCUACAUCAUCAUGACUUUUGGCAAAAAAAAAAGAAAGACACACUGGUUCAAGACUCUGUGAGGAAACACUAAAAUACUUUUUGCACCCAGCUCAAAGGCACCACCAGUAAUGAAAUGUAUUACUGCUUGAAGAAACAUAAAUGCUGAUGUUUGCAUGCAAUAGCCCUGGCUAUGACUACUAUUUAUUUGUAUAUGUCAACUUUCAAUUGUAUUUUGAAGUAAAACAAAAAAAUAAUAAUAAUAAUGAGCUAAUUGAACUACUUGUACGAACUCUGUGACACAGUAUAGCUGCGCAGAUGUGCAGUUUUUGAAGCAGGUAGCCCGAAACAUCAUCACACACGGAGAACUGUAGAGUGUAUCGCUAUAUCAAGAUGUUUUGUGCCGCAACGAUAGAAGAAGAACAUUUUAAAAAAGCACUUUAAUAAAUGUUUAAUCACCGGUUAAGACGCAGAUUAUGUACAUUUCUCUAAAACAAUUAGAUUGUUUGGAAGCCAGGACGUUUCACAUGUACAUAUAUUUUAGGAAAACAUAAAAAAAUAAAGUCAGUUUCAUGCAACAGUGAGAACAACAUGACACCUGUGAUUACCUGCACCUUUUUUUACUUAUUCAAAUAAAGAGUUAACAUUUGA